AGUUACCGCUCGGGGAUCAUUAAGCGCGCAUUGCUUCUGCUAACCGCCGCUCGAUCGGAUCGUAUUUGGUUUUCUACAGUUCACUUUUGUUGUUGGCGUUGUGAGGCGGGCGCACACAAAGCAAAACUAAUUAAAAGUGUACACGAAACUAUAUAAACAACAAUAACAAACAAAACUAAUUUAAAUUACCAAAUGCAAAAUAAACACAACUAAGCACAAAAAACACCAAAAUUACAAAGUGCAUAGGCUGAUUUAAAUAAGAAAAAAAGUUUUGCAUAAAGUGGUUUUAGCAUUUGCCACGCACUUGAACGUAAACUCGAAAUUGUGAAUUUUAGUAUUUAAUGCCUUCACGUCUACACGUGGACGUACACAUACAUACAUAUGUGCAUGGAUAUUUGCUAAACUGUGCAGCAAAGAACGCUAAAGCAUCUGUUUACCUGUUUGUUUGUGUGUGAGCACGUGAGAUUAUCGAAGUUCAAUAUUAAAUACUUGAGAUACCCAGGAAACCCGUUUCGUUAUUUGUCUACACUAGCAACAUUGAAAAGGGGUUUCGGCACAUCCUGAGAAAUGAUCCGCUCUAAUGUAUUGCUAACCACGCUUGUGCUGGGCUUUCUGCUGUUUAAUGCCCAGGUGGAUGGUAAAGAAUAUAUGCGCUGUCAAUUAGCGCGUGAACUUUUGGAAAAAUAUGGAAUCAAUAAAACUUUUCUCUCUAACUGGAUAUGUUUGAUUGAGCACGAAAGCAACAGGAAUACCAAAGUAGUGAAAACAAAUCCGAAUGGCAGCGCCAGUUAUGGUCUCUUCCAAAUCAGCAGCAAGGAUUGGUGUCGCGUUAAUCGCAAAGGUGGCAUUUGUGAUAAAAAGUGUGAAGACUUCCUAGAUGAUAACAUCGCCGAUGAUGUGGCUUGCGCGAAAAUGAUCUUUGAACGUGCGGGCUUUAAGAACUGGUCCGGCUGGAAGGCUUCCUGUCGCAAUACGCAGAAUUUACCAAAUCUGGGCUUGGCGUGCAAUAUACAGACAGUGAGAGCGAGUCGAACAUUGAGAGUUGAUCAGAAGCCUAAUUAUUAUAAUAUAUUUAAUAUCAAAUAGGUAUAGUCGAUAGCGGAGCAGAGGGCAGAUUAGUAGUUUUGUUUUGUUACAGCAAAGUGCUCGAGCGUACGUAGGCACAUACACACAUAAGUGCCUGCAUGCAAAUCUAUUAUGUGCAUAUGUACGCCUCAUUUAAGGCCAGUACGUGUGCCUACAUAUUUACAUACUUAUGAACUAUGAACUACUAUUGGCAAAGCUACUUACUGAUUCAAAACAAAAACAACAAAAAAAAACAACAAAAAUUUGAAAACAUAAGCAAUAAAAAUAAAAUAGUUCUCCUAAGGCAUAUCAUCGCCGCAAACACUUUUCGUUUGCGUUUGAUUUUUUGCCGCCAAAAUGUGUCUGAAAAAAAAAUUGGAAUCUUAAAUGUUUUAUCUUCUAUGAAUUAGCCGACUUUAAGUAUUUUUUUAUGCUUUGUGUGCCUUAUCAAAGCUAUACAUACAUAUGCAAUGAAAAGAUGUGAACGGCAUGAGACGGGGGGAUCAUAAGCAACAAACCUGAGGAAAGUGAGAAAUUUAUGCUUCAAUGAAUUUAGUGUUCACCGUAUCAUACAAAAUCAGCGUUGGCUGUUCGGUAGUGGCGAUCGAUGUUGUUAUUGCUGAAGUAAACAACUGUGAUAAUUGGCCAUAAUGAAGCCAAAGCGGCCGAUAGUUGAACCACAAAGGUAGCUGCUAUGAGAAAACUGAAAGUGUUAAUGGAAUCAUUUAAGUUUGAAGUUGGUGUGGAAGAAAACGUAUGAAAAAAAGUAUUUGCAUGGAAAAAAAAUUAAAAGCGAAUGAAUCGCAAAAAAUGUUCUACUUGAAAACUUACAGCGCCAUAUUUUUUUACAAUAGUUAGUUCAAUUUUUCACGGCAGCGGUAUGCUUUAGUGGCCCUUUCACUAGCGCAUAAAUACACUGCCUUCAGUAAGUAGAGCUCUAGGACUUAUUCCGCAGUUUUGACAAUAUAUUUGUUUCCUAUUUAUUUUUAAUAAGUUUUUUAAGAAUAUAUAGUUUAUACGCUUACAAAAAUCAUAUAAAAAAGUUUCAAACUUUGU